AAUCCGAUAACCUUAUUCGUCUUGGAGGAAGACUAAAAUAUGCACAAAUACCUGAAGGAGCAAGACACCCCAUAGCACUUCCAGUGCGUCACCACUUCACCAAGCUUCUACUAGAAGCAUAUCAUAAGCGGUUACUACAUGCAGCACCGCAACUUCUUCUGAGUAAUGUAAGGCUCCACUACUGGCCUCUUGGAGGACGCAGCUACGUUCGUCAUAUUGUCCAUCAGUGUUUACGCUGCCACAGAACGAAACCGAAGGCCAUCGAGCAGUUUAUGGGAGAACUUCCAAGAGCCCGUGUAACCGCAGCACCGCCGUUCGCACGAACUGGAAUUGACUAUUUCGGGCCUGUAUACAUUCGCCAGGGACCACGUCGAGCGCCACUUAAGGCUUAUGUAGCCCUCUUCAUAUGUCUCUGUACAAAGGCGAUUCAUCUAGAAUUGGUGUCCGAUUUGUCGACGGAGAAAUUUCUUCAGGCUCUGCGUAGAUUCAUUGGAAGACGCUCAAUACCUACCGAUUUGUUUUCCGAUAAUGGUACUAAUUUCGUCGGCGCACGGAACCAGCUGAAGGAAUUAUUAGCGAAACUUCGAGACCGGCAGCAUCACCAGCAGAUCACUAAGGAAUGUGCUGAACAUGGGAUCCAAUGGCACUUUAACCCUCCUGCCGCUCCCCAUUUCGGAGGUUUAUGGGAAGCUGCUGUGAAGUCUGCCAAGAUACAUCUCCUGAAGGUCCUAGGAGACAACGCGGUUUCGUACGAAGACUUCAACACGCUGCUAAUACAAGUGGAGGCAUGUUUAAAUUCAAGGCCGAUUACCCCAUUGUCGGAAGACCCCAACGAUCUGGAGCCGUUAACUCCUGGUCAUUUCAUAGCUGGAAGACCGCUUCAACAACUACCAGAUCGAGAUUUCACCGAGAAAAAACCAGGACAACUGAAACAAUAUCAACUUAUGCAGCAGAAACUACAAUUUUUUUGGGCACGGUGGCAUAAUGAGUACCUAUCACAACUUCAAGGAAGAUUCAAACGCUGGAAACGUGCUGUAGAGAUCAAGGUCGGUCAACUCGUCGUUUUGAAAAAUGAGAAUACACCUCCGAUGCGUUGGAGAUUAGGUCGUAUCCAGCAGCUGCAUCCGGGAGAAGAUGGAGUCGUCAGAGUAGUUACACUGAAGACAUCUAGCGGAGUUCUGAAGCGGCCCGUCGAAAAACUCUGUUUGCUACCGUCGGAAUGUCAGCCACUGGACAGCGAAACCACCGACGACAAUAAGGCACCUCGAAGGUUGAUUGAGUGA